AUGACGCGGGCGUCGGAGGACGGCGACCGCCUCGUCCCGUGGACGCGCGAUCGCUACGGUGGCGUCGUCGUCGACGUCGAUCACGCGGCGUUCGUCGAGGCCGCGUCGACGACGGAGACGUUCGACGCGGCGCUGGGACGGUGGACGACGCGGUGGCGGGCGGAGGGCGCGCGCGGGGUGUGGUUGCGCGUCGGGUUGGAAAAGAGCGAGCUCGUGAGCGUCGCUCGCGAUCGAGGAUUUGAGUUUCAUCACGCGGAGAAGACGUACGUGAUGAUGACGGCGUGGUUACCGGAGGACGAGGCGUCGACGAUACCGGCGAACGCGUCGCAUCAAGUCGGCGUCGGCGCUUUCGUGUGGGACGAGGAACGGAAACGAGUGCUCUUGGUGCAGGAGAAAAGAGGGCCGGCGAGCGGGAGAGACUUGUGGAAGAUGCCCACGGGACUCGUGGAUGCGGGUGAGGACGUCCCGGAUGCGGCGGAGAGAGAGGUUUUGGAGGAGACGGGGAUCGAGACGACGUUCGAGGCGGUGGUGGGCGUUCGACACGGGCACUUUGGGUUGUUUGGGAAAUCGGAUUUAUUCUUCUGCGUCGUCCUAAGGGUGAAGCCGGAGAGCACGCGAGAGAUCGUGACGCAGGAGAGUGAGAUCGAAGCGGCGAAGUGGGCGUCCUUGGAUGACUUUUUGGAUAACCCGCACGUGGACCGCGGUUCGCACGCGCACGAGCUCCACGAACGCUGCGCGCGGUGGGCCUCGGGCGAGCGCACCGCCGGAAUCGUCGCCAAGCGUCUACCCGUAGGUUUUGGUCGGCCCGGUGAGGUGUACACCUACGUCACUGAUGAUGCCUGA